UGUGUAGGCCGUUCAAGCGAAGCAUCAGGCCGGAUGAAGACAUUAGUUCAAAUAGCAUAACAGGAUGACAGUUGAUGGAACACCGUGACCCAAAAAGUCAUUUGGCUAAAAAAGGUGGACUUCUUUUUUCCACGGCUGAACCACAUCACAAGCAAGAGAUAGUGAGGCUGCUCAAGGAUGUUGUUGAAGUGGUUGCGAUGACUAGAGAUGGGGUUAAUGGUGCACCUGAUUUAAAAUUAGUAGAUAUAGGAAUUGCAAUGGGUAUCGUUGGCAUUGAGGUUGCAAAGGAAGCUUCUGACAUGCUUUUGUCAUAUGAUAAUUUUAGCACACUUGUGGUUGUAGUUGGAACAACAUGAUUUGACAUGUCCCAACUUCUUUCUUACAUAUAUUUCAUCAAGCACAGUUGAUUACGUCAAUAGUUUUCUUGGAUGGAUGAGUGAUUAAAUAGCAAAGUCCUUUGAUUGCA